GCGGGCGCGGGGCGACGGCGGCCCCGCAGCGACAUGUGACCAUGGACCGCAGGACCAGGGAAAAUCCAGAAAGAACUUUUGACUUGGUAUUGAAAGUGAAGUGCCAUGCCUCUGAGAAUGAAGAUCCUGUGGUAUUGUGGAAAUUCCCAGAAGACUUUGGAGACCAGGAAGUUCUGCAGAGCGUGCCCAAGUUCUGUUUUCCCUUCGAUGUGGAAAGGGUGUCUCAGAAUCAGGUUGGACAGCACUUUACCUUUGUCCUGACAGACAUGGAAAGUAAGCAGCGAUUUGGGUUCUGCAGGCUCACAUCUGGAGGCAGAAUUUGUUUGUGUAUUCUUAGUUACUUGCCAUGGUUUGAAGUAUAUUAUAAACUUCUAAAUACUCUGGCAGAUUACUUGGCCAAGGAACUGGAAGAUGAUUUGAAUGAAACUCUUAAAUCACUCUAUAACCACCCAGUACCAAAGGCAAACACUCCUGUCAACUUGAGUGUGAACCAAGAACUAUUUAUUGCCAGUGAGCAAGUUCUGAAAGAUGACCCCUCACUAAUGCCGCACUCCUGUUUCAUCACACCCGACAUAACUGGACUCCCAACGAUACCGGAGAGUAGAAACCUGACAGAGUACUUUGUGGCUGUGGAUGUGAACAACAUGCUCCGAUUGUACGCCAGCAUGCUGCACGAGAGGCGCAUCAUUAUUACCUCAAGCAAAUUAAGCACUUUAACUGCCUGUCUCCAUGGAUCAGCUGCUCUGCUUUACCCGAUGUACUGGCAACACAUAUAUAUCCCUGUGCUUCCUCCACACCUGCUGGACUACUGCUGUGCCCCAAUGCCAUACCUGAUUGGAAUACACUCCAGUCUCAUAGAGAGAGUGAAAAAUAAAUCAUUGGAAGAUGUGGUUGUGUUAAAUGUUGACACAAACACGUUAGAAUCACCAUUUAAUGACUUGAGCAGCCUGCCCAGUGAUGUGGUCUCGGCCUUGAAAAACAAGCUGAAGAAGCAGUCCACAGCUACGGGAGACGGAGUGGCUCGAGCCUUUCUGAGGGCGCAGGCAGCUUUGUUUGGCUCCUACAGAGAUGCUCUGAGAUACAAGCCUGGCGAGCCCAUCACCUUCUGUGAGGAGAGCUUUGUAAAGCACCGCUCAAGUGUGAUGAAACAGUUCCUGGAGACUGCAGUGAACCUUCAGCUGUUUAAGCAGUUUAUUGACGGUCGACUGGCGAAGCUUAAUGCAGGAAGAGGUUUCUCUGAUAUAUUUGAAGAAGAGAUCACUUCGGGUGGCUUCUGUGGAGGGAGCCCGCGGUCGUAUCAACAGUGGGUGUAUACUGUCAAGAAAGGAGGUGCAUUGUUCAACACGGCAGUGACUAAAGCAACUCCUGCUGUGCGGACCGCAUACAAAUUUGCAAAGAGUCACGCCAGACUGGGACUAAGGGAGGUGAAGAGCAGGCUGAAACACAAGGACAAUGAGGAAGAUUAUGGGACCUGUUCUGAUUUGGUACAGUAUACACCAGUUUACACUUUACACAAUGAAAAGGGAGAAGACAGAGAGAAGCAUAAGCUUUCCCAGGCACACUUGAAAAGGCCUCAUAAGAGCCUUGAUGGUCCGCUGGAUGAUGAUGACGAUGACACUGACCGGGCAAGCAAGAUAUCUUCUGAAGAUGGUGAAGAAACAUCAGUUUGUUUCUACGAAAGUGAUGACUCUGUUGAAGCCCAGGUGAAGGCGCCUCACUCGGGUGAGAUGGACUUACUGGGUGAGAUCCUGGACACGCUGAGCACACACAGCUCUGACCAAGGAAAGCUGGCACCUGCAAAGAGCCUGGAUUUCUUCAGAUCCAUGGAUGACAUUGAUUACAAACCUACGAACAAGUCCAACGCUCCCAGUGAGAAUAACCUGGCCCUACUGUGUGCUUCUGGUGAUCAGGGAGAGUGGAAUCUGGGGCAGGAUGACAGCGCCCUCCAUGGCAAGCACCUCCCUCCAUCCCCCAGGAAACGAGUUUCCUCCAGUGGGUUGACAGAUUCUCUAUUUAUGCUGAAAGAGGAGAACAAUGAGAAGCCCCUAUGUGCUGACAGUAUAAGUGGCCCUACUAUGGUGGAAAAGCCAGCUUCUACUUCAGGAUUGGGUUUCCAGCCAGCUAACCUUGAAGCUUCCCAAACGAAUAAAGGAAAACCAGAAGUGAAGCAAACACUAAGUCAGCCUUCAGAGGAUCUGCUGGUACUUGGCCCCGGGAGCCGCCAGUCUACUUUUGUUCCCUGGGAGAAAGCUGGGAAAGAGGAUAAGAAGCCUUUAAAAGACGUUGGACUUCUCCAAGAAGUAGUGUCAUUGUGUCACAUGUCAUGUGACUUCCAACAAGGUUUAAGCAUUUCAGAAGAAAGCAGAAGUGAAAACCAAACUUAAGGUACCAGUAGAGGGUCAGUUGCUUGCCUCUUGGCUUCUCCAGAGACCUGUGGAAUUACUUCCCUUUGAUGGGAACAGUAAGGAGAGUCACUGGUAGGAAUGGCAACCCUUAACUGCUGUUCAGUUGGUUUCCCUGUCUGUUCAUCUCAUGGAUCUAUAUUACCCAUUGGUUUCCCAACAUAAAAUGAAUUCUACUGUGCUGUUAAAUCAGGUACUAAUUUGUAAAUAGGCUGAAAGUGUGUUUUGAACUUAAGCUUUCCCAGUAUUUGGUGCUUAAUGCUGUUCAUUUUAUUUAAACUAAGUGUGCAUAUAUAUAAACCCUACAUAUAGCCAGUAGAUACUGUACUAAUCUGGCUGAGCAUGAACUGAUCAAGAUGUCAAAACUGAUCAGAAAUAGCCUGACACUGAUGAACCUGUUAACCCACUAAUUGCCUUAAUCUUCCAGUUAUGUUAAGCAUACAUAUAACGUGUGAUGCCACAUACAAAGCUUGAAAGAGGAGUUAUCGUGUCCUGCAGAGCAAUAAUGCCUUUUUCUACCAUGAAUUAAGCUCGCUGUUCUUUACAGGUUUAAAUGCACUCUAGCGGAAAUAAUUUGCUUUUUAUAAAGACAUGUAGCCAUGUUUUCCAAACAACGUGAAUGUGUAUAUUUACCUUUCGGUGAACUCUAUUAAGUGCUGAAUUACAAUGUGAAGUUAAAAGCUUCUGCUUACAAGGAAGCCCCUCAGACAAUGUUUGAUCUCAUGCACAUGUUAACUUUGGUCCACCUCCAGAAAGCCAAAUGCCCUGCAGAGUCCAGAUAGGCCUUUGUCCUGUUCCUCUUGUAACUGACGUGCUGUGAAGAUGCUCAUAGCCUUACCUUGUGUUUCUUUUUUAAAUAAUUAACUUUGUAUUGUAAAUGUUCUAGAUUUAUAGGAAAAUGCAAAGAU